UGUGACUCGAGACACGCCCCUGUUCGGAAUUUACAGACGCCACUAUAAAAAUCCCUACUAAGGCACCUCCCCUAACUAAAAUCGUUGCUUUGUUGCUGAGUGUUUAGAAGGUACAGAAAUACAAAACAGUUACCCAGUUGCUGUAACGAUGGUGGUUCUCUCCAAAGAGUAUGGCUACGUGGUGCUGACUGGCACGGCCAGCUUCGUCAUGGUGAUGCACCUGGCCGUGAAUGUGGGCAAAGCGCGCAAGAAGUACAACGUGUCGUACCCCAAGAUGUACCUUGAGGACGGUGAGAACAGCAACAUCUUUAACUGCAUUCAGCGAGCGCACCAGAACACGCUCGAGGUCUAUGCUCCUUUCCUGUUCUUCCUGACGAUCGGAGGAAUCCAGCAUCCUCGAGUGGCUAGUUUUCUGGGGAUGACCUGGGUGAUCGGCAGAGAGGUGUAUGCCUACGGGGACUACAGUGGAGAUCCCAAGAAGAGGAUGAGAGGUGCUUUCUCGUCGGUGGCGCUCUUGGGGCUCAUGGGGACUGCUCUGUGCUUCGCGAAGAAUCUCCUGGGCUGGCCGCCGUCUUGCUGUCACUGAGCAGCCAGCCGGUGGGUGUCAGAGCCCUGCGUGCGUGCGUACGUGGGGCAGGGGGGGCGGUUUGCUGACUAGGCUUUUUGAUUAUUGGAGAUCUCCAUGGCAGAUGUUACUCUUCCCUUGCUAAACUUGUCGCAGAGCUGUCUGGUGUGGAUGGACUUGUAACUGUAUGUUUAGUGCCUGGCUCUAGCCAAUUCUGUCUGGUUCAUCUGCCUGCUGUUUUGUCUCAUUGUUUGGCACAUGUGUAGUGGAUUACCCUGAUGUAGUUGAGAUGGCUAGUACAGUAUUGAACCAGUGCACAGAAAGGUCACCCUAUUUUUACUACACCUCUCUAAUCCUGUACUGCACAUGUGCAAAGUGAUGCCAGUCAGACAAAUGCAACAGAUUGUAUGCAAAAGUCACCUCCAAGAUUUACACACUACGAAUAGAAUCCCCAAUCUCAAUUCUCUUACCCUUGACCACCACAAGUGUGUUUUGAAUUAAGUACCCUAAUUGGGCAUGUUGGAGCCCUCCAAUGGGAGGGGGUUGGGUGACAAUGCCAGUGGGGUAGGGCUGACUUUCUUGCUGGAGUUUUAUUGUAUUAAAAUCUAAUUUUAUAAAAUAAAACCUAUGCCUGUUUUAAUAAAGUGGCAUCCUUACUGUU